AGAAAAAUACACCAACGGGCCUUUUCGCUACCUACCUAGAUAUGGCACGACGGACCUAACGCCGCUGACCGGAUCGGGUCAUAUCCACUACAUUGAGAAGGCGUGAUAACCCUCUCUGGUCCAUAUCUCCCGUGAUUCAUGCAUGAAAACACCCUGUCGCAGCAUGAGCUUGUAGCUCUUGGUACCGAAGAAGAGCUAACUAUCUUUGUUGGUUACUCUCCACUACGCUCUGAAGCUGCAGGAUUUUGUCCAGGUGACUCGGUAUUUUUCUUCCUGUUCUGAGCAAACACCCUCUUGUUUUUUCUUCGACGGCCCUUUUCGUUAUAUAGCUUGUACUGUCAACUCAACCAGCAAAUAUGUCCUCCACAACACAAACUGUUACUCAUUGUAAUAGCACGGCUGGCGGUGCUGUAAUAAUCACAAGCCGGCUCUUCAUUCGGCCCUCCACCCUCGCCGACGCCCCGGAUAUGGCACGGCUUGCCAACAACCUCAAGAUAGCAGGGAACAUGCGGAACACCUUUCCCUCGCCUUAUCUGCUCGAGCAUGCCGAAGGCUGGCUCAAGCUCUGCGUAAAAGAUCCAGGCAACAACUUCGCUAUUUGUAGAGCAGAGGACGGGGCUUACGUCGGCAAUAUGGGCAUCAUCCGGGGCAACGAUGUGCUGCAUCGCACCUGGGAGCUCGGCUACUGGAUUGGCGAGGAGUACUGGGGACAGGGCUUCGCAAGUGAGGCCUUGAUAGCUCUCUGCAGAUUCUGCUUCGAGAACAGCCCUGAACUCUUGAGGUUGGAGGCAUCCAUGUUUAGCACUAACACGGCGAGUCGGAGAGUGCUCGAAAAGGCCGGUUGGACACACGAAGGCACCAAGAGGCAAGCCGUUGAGAAGCAAGGCCGAGUCCUUGAUCUAUUGGUUUUCUCGAUUCUUAGACAUGAGAGUCUCUCCUGACAUGCAGCUUCAAUCGAGGUGCGUGACAUCAGAGAUAGGGAUCAAGAUUAUGUCGGUGGGCCUGAAAAGAACUUUAGCGCCAAGAAGACAGCCUCCAGCUACUCUUGGAGCAAGGAAUAUGGGCCCAACAGCGUGGGAAUAUUGCGCCCAUGGCUUUGUCGUCGUCUCAUCAUCGGGGGCAACCCUUUUGACGACAGCGUCACUGGCUGUAACAAUUCAUCACCUAGCACGGUUUCCAUGUCAUGAAUCUCCAGUCUCAUUGGUAUCGGGGUGAAGCUGAAACGGUACAACUUGGCGAUAAUGCAAUGCAUGGCUGUGUUACUUGGAAGCAUUUACAGUACGCUUUGAUAGGUGAACUGAUAUCAAACUCGAUCUU